UGCUUGCUAUUUAUUAUUUUGAUCCUAUAUAUCCAAUUGUAUCCAAUUUAAGUGCUUCACCUGCUUUAAACCGAAGUACUUACUUUUUAAACCGAAGUAUGCCUUCAUAUGAAUUGGCGUUAGUGCUGCGGCAAAUGCCACGGCCAGAACUUAUUUCCGCUAUUAGACGCACUGCUGAAUGCAUAUUAGAUAGUGGCGGCAUUAUUCGUAAGUUGGAGAACCUGGGUACGAGAGCAUUGCCCCAUAAAGUGAGCGAACACGGCGUGGUUCAUCGCGAAGGCACACAUUUUAACAUUGCCUUCGACACAUCGCCCACGAAGAUAGCCGAUCUCAAAGAGGAGUUUGGGCGUGAUAUUGACAUUAUACGCAGACAUGUGUUUAAAAUUGAAGAACCAGAAAAGUUCAAGUGCACACUACACCAGGAAAUGCUUCCGCCGGCAUACCGAAAGGAUGUACAGGAGAUGAUUGAAAUUGCAAAGAGGAAGCAAAAGCCAAAGUACAACUACAAUUCCGGACUGGAUUAUUAUCCAUUCCAGAAAUAGAGCAUUAUCGAAUAAACGCAGAAAUUUAUUAA